ACACACACGCACACACACACACACAGGGCUAGGCCGCGAGUCAUUAGUUCUUGGUGGGCAAGCACUGACAAAAGGCUGCAGGGGAGAAGCCACCACAGGAACCACGGAGGGCCGAGCAGCCGGACGCUCUGCUGCUUUUUGUUGUUGUUGUUGUAAGGAAGCAGCAGCUCAGAGGAUCCAGUCAGAACCGAGCACUCGAGAAGCUACAACGAGGAGCAGAGAGAGAGAGAGAGAGAGAGAGAGAGCACUUCCUCGUGUGGAGGAUCUGCUCCACGUCGCCUCGUCGGCUGCUGCAGCUGCAGCUGGCGUCGCCUCCAAACACAUGAAAGUGAUGUUGUUGAUCUGGAAUAUCUUCAUCAUGGCUCACGCCGCCGCCGCUGAGAGGAUUACAGCAGAGUAGAGGGGGGAGCUGCACUCUGCAUGGAAGGAAGAGGAGAAAGAGAUUUCUACACAUUAUCGUGAAGGUUCUCAGAGCGUGAAGCCGCUCGACCGUCUCAGGAAGAGCUCCAGAGAAAGAAAGGAAGGAAGGACAGCACACGGAGGAGCUACGAACCGGACGGGGGGACAAGAAAAGAGGAAAAAAAGGAAAUCACCAGGCAAGCAAAACUAAAAGUUGCCAGAGAGACUGUUUCCAGGUCAUAGUGGAGGGGGAGGAGACUGGCUCAGGGCUUUCUCUGCUCCUCUCACUGACAUCUCAGCUCAGCCUGGAGCUUCUCAUUUUUAUUUUUUAAUUUGAGGGUAAAAAUAAGACACUGAUGAGAGCAGCAGCGAGCAGGAAACCCUGAUUCUCUCCCGCUGAAGGAGCCAGUCUGGACUGUUUUCUCUCUCUUUUGAUAUUUAUGGUACCUUGACAGCAACCAGAGACCUUCUGGCUGCUCGUCCCAUUUCCUUCUGCGGGGGUUCGGUAACCAAGCGAUGGCCAUGGUGAGUGGGGGCUGGGGAGAUCCCAACGGGGGCACCAACGGGCUGGGGGACAAGGGCUACCUGCGGGGGGAGGAGGAGGACGGCUCUCCGCAGGCGGGAGGCAGCGACAUGGAAGCCGGGGACGACGACAAGGCCUGCGUGGUGGACUGCGUGGUGUGCGGGGACAAGUCCAGCGGGAAGCACUACGGCGUGUUCACGUGCGAGGGCUGCAAGAGCUUCUUCAAGCGCAGCGUCCGACGCAACCUGAACUACACUUGCAGGUCCAACAGAGAGUGUCAGAUUGACCAGCACCACAGGAACCAGUGCCAGUACUGUCGCCUGAAGAAGUGCUUCCGCGUCGGCAUGCGUAAAGAAGCAGUUCAACGCGGUCGCAUCCCCCCUCAGCCGAGCCUCAGCCCCUCCAUCACGCCCAUAGGUGGCGCCAGCGGCCUGGGAGGCGGCGAGUUUUACAACAACAACAACGGAGGAAGCGGCGGAGGCCAGCCGGUGUCGGAGCUCAUCUCCCAGCUGCUGCGAGCUGAGCCUUAUCCCAGCAGCCGCUACGGACACCAGUACAACCAGCAGGCCGGUCCGGACAACGCCAUGGGCAUCGACAACAUCUGUGAAUUGGCUGCACGGCUGCUCUUCAGCACAGUGGAGUGGGCCAGAAACAUCCCGUACUUCCCAGAGUUGCCUGUGUCGGACCAGGUGGCCCUGCUGAGGCUGAGCUGGAGCGAGCUCUUCAUCCUCAAUGCGGCCCAGUCGGCGCUGCCGCUCCACAUGGCGCCCCUGCUGGCCGCGGCCGGCUUCCACUCGUCGCCCAUGUCGGCGGAGCGCGUGGUGUCCUUCAUGGACCAGGUGAGGGUGUUCCAGGACCAGGUGGACAAGCUGACCCGGCUGCAGGUGGACUCCGCUGAGUACAGCUGUCUGAAGGCCAUCGCACUGUUCUCACCAGAUGCCUGUGGUCUGACAGACCCAGUCCACGUGGAGUCUCUGCAGGAGAAGGCUCAGGUGGCUCUGACGGAGUACGAGAGGAUGCAGUACCCAAGUCAGCCUCAGCGCUUCGGCCGGCUGCUCCUACGCCUGCCGGCCCUGCGCGCCGUCCCUGCCAACCUCAUCUCGCAGCUCUUCUUCAUGCGCCUGGUAGGAAAGACCCCCAUCGAGACGCUGAUCCGUGACAUGCAGCUCUCCGGAAGCUCCAUCAGCUGGCCGUAUGUCCCAGGACAGUAGCUCCCCGACGGGCGAGGUCUCCGUCUGGGAUUAGUGACGACAAGCGCCCACAGGAAACCUCCUGACUCAUCACUAUCCAUCUGUGUGGUUAUCAAACUGCAGUGCCAGCUGGCCGUCAUAUGUACUGUACUGUAACCGCUCAAUUCCCCUCCAUGCAACCGAGCCCUCGUUCUCCACGCGGGCCUCCAGAGAAGCGAGCGCCAGGCUGGAGCUGAAUUGUUGCCAGCGCAGUUCGUUCUGGUGCCAGAUCUCAGGCCAGAGACCAGCUCUUCACGCUGGGCUCCGAUAUGGCCGCCACAGCCAGUCAUGUACCACCCACAUACCCACCGAGUGACUAAACACACCACAGCUCCAUGUAGAGGGCAGCAGCACCCCGCUACACAGAAAACUGUCCUGCACUGACAGGCAGGGGAACCGGUUCUCCCACACUGGGCUCAUUUUCCAUGGCUCACCAUUUGUGAUACAGCGACCUUUUCAAGCGAUGAUGAUGAUGAUGAUGAUGAUGAUACAGCAUCAUGAUGACAGUGGAUCUAAUUAAACAGGCUGAAAGCCGCGGGCCUCGUCGUCGAAGGGAAACUCCAGAAUCAGGAGAGAAGCCGAGGAGCAGCUCGACAUGGAAAUAAAACCAAGGGAAACUCACCAAAGUCUAUCACGUCAUCCUCAGAGGUGGUUUUUAAAUAGAAUUAUUAGAGAUGAACGGACUCUCGAGUGCAUUUAGAUUCAUUCACAGGGCUCACGGUCGCUGGAGAUUUAAAAAAAGAAAAGAAAAAAAAAAGCCACACUUACAUAAGAACGGACUAAUACCUCACUAGACAUCAGAAUGCUUUAGUCUGAUAUUUCCUAAACACGAACCUCUGUAAAUGUUGUUCACCAGAAACCGCCUUCUUUUUGACAACUGCCUUGUUCUUCAGUAUGGAUUUGGGACAAAUACAAGUCUUAUGUGCAUCUCCAGCAUUUGUCUUGUAUCUUUUGAAAAGAAAAACCCCCAAAGUGAUUUUCAGUUGUCUGUUUGAAUAUAUGAGUUUUGACUGAGCGGAAAAAUUUGAAAAAGGCGCGUUUGGCUUUGUUUGGAUCCAGCUUUUUUUAAUCGAGAGAUAGCAGCCUACGAGAAAUAAAGAGAAAUACUAAGAGUUAGCUGGACAGAUGUAGCUGGUGACCAGAGUUUAUAACCAACACUACCAGUUCAACACCAGUUCGUUAGGUUCUGAGAUAACCAUCUCUUAUUGAAGUGUACAUAUAUAUUGAGGCCAACUUUGUCUUUUUGCAUGUUCAGAUGUUGUUUUGGAUCUCUGCUAAGUUGUUUCCUUCUUUUACAUUCUGUAAUUCAAGGUUCAUUUAAACAUUAAAGUAUUGCUUUCACUGGUAGCUCUGAAAGGUUUUUUUUCUUAUUCCUACCUACAUAAAUUUACAUGAGAAUACCUCCGUCAUCUCUUCAGAUGUCAAGACAGAAGUUUAAUGCCAUUACAGCUGAUAGGAGGCAGAGCUGAGCGAGUCUCUGCUGCUGUGGACGAUGUGAGACGAAGUUAACGGGUGAGAAUCUGGUGGACGGGCGGCACCAGGAGGAGCUUCGAUGCCAAAACAUCACACUAUGUGACCAUUACAGGAAGACGGGUCCACUGGCUUCACCUCACACAGAUUUUCAAGAGGCGGGUUUACAAAACCGCAUGUAUUUUAAAGGAAACAAUAAAACGUAUUUCAGCAUUUACAGACGGGAUAAGUCGUAACUCUGCUUCUUGAUCUACCGCCGGCCUCGUGGAGGUUAUUCUACUCACAACCACGUUGUAGAGGGACAAAAAAACAGAAAAAAACUAAAUAUACUUUUAAUGUUUUCUUAUGUUUGUGUUUCUGAGUUCUUAAGGUUUUAAAUCUCGUGUGUAUGGAGACGUUAUUAAAAGAAUCAAAAGACGACGAUGUGUCUUCUGUUAUGUUUGUUUUUGUUUUUCAAAGUACGUGAAAAAGUGUAAUCUGUAUGAAGAAUGCCAAAUAAACACUGCGACAU